CUGGUCCACACUAAUAUUAUUUUGAAAAUGAAAGAAAACAACAGACAAGGAACUACUGCGGUGGCCAAGAGAAGACAGGCUAGGUUUCUCUUUUGAAUAAUAUAGUAGAAGAAAUGAUCAGGUUGCACUUACGUGGAUUGCACUGCCUAGGAAACCACCUGACUCCAUUUUCAAGGCUGGUGACUUUCUGGGAAAUGAAAGAUUAAUUUUUAAUGCUCCUGAAUUCUGCUGUGCUGACAACCACUAGCCAGUCUGAAGUUCCCUGACCUUCUUGAAGGAGAAACUAUGAGCUGGGGAUUCCUGCGAGAUAUUCUAAGCGGUGUAAAUAAAUACUCAACAGAAAUCGGCAGAAUCUGGCUGGCUAUUGUGUUUAUAUUUCGCCUUCUUGUCUACGUUGUAGCUGCUGAACAUGUCUGGAAAGAUGAACAGAAGGAGUUUGAGUGUAACAUCAGACAACCUGGCUGUGAAAAUGUCUGCUUUGAUCAUUUCUUCCCAAUUUCCCAAGUCAGGCUUUGGGCCUUGCAACUGAUCAUGGUUUCUACACCAUCACUUCUAGUUGUUCUCCAUGUCGCUUAUCGAGAAAGCAGGGAAAAGAGACACCAAACAAAGCUGUAUAAGAACCUGAAAAGUAUUGAUGGGGGAUUGCUCUGCACCUAUCUCAUCAGCCUCCUUUCCAAAAUUGGAUUUGAAAUAGGUUUCCUCUAUUUGUUUUACAAGAUAUAUGGAGGAUUUGAUGUACCCCGCCUUGUACAAUGUGACACAAGUCCUUGUCCCAACACAGUUGAUUGCUACAUAUCCAAGCCUACUGAGAAGAAAAUUUUCCUGUACAUUGUGGUGGUGACAUCCUGUUUGUGCAUAGCCUUAAAUAUAAUUGAAUUCAGCUAUUUGAUUUUCAAAUACUCGGUCAAAUGCUGCUUCAGGAAUCACAUGAAGAAAGUCAGAAACUCCAAAAGUGAACAUAAAAAAACAAAUUCUAUGGCUCACAAUGGUACCACUGUAUCUCUUGACCAAGAUUCACCCAGUAUCCAAGGAGGUGAAAAACAUUUGGGUCACUUCCAACUAUAACAAAUAAAAUAGCACUCAAUUUAUUUUGAUAAGUUUAACAAUAGAGCAGAGGUGUCAAACACGUGUCGUCAUGGAGUCGUCACAUGAUGUAUCAUAACUUUUCCCCCUUUGGGGAGAAGUAGGAGUGGGUGUGGCAAGUGUGUGAUGCAUCCGGCCCAUGGGCCAUGAGUUUGACACCCCUCAAAUAGAGCUUCAGAUAAUAAGGGUCUGAUUAUGCUCCAUAUUUAGUUUUUUCAACAUAUGUGUAAGGUUCAUGAAAUUUGCAUCUCUUGGAAUCUCCUUCUAAGGGAGAGGUAUCAAACUCGUGGCCUGCGGGCUGGAUGCAUCACACACUGGCUACGCCCACGCCCCGUUUAGUGAAGGGAAAAAAAGUCAUGAUACAUCAUGUGAUGACGCCAUGAUGACACGAGUUUGACACCCCUGUUCUAAGAGAUUCAUAAGCAUUGAUAUUUCUGAUACAGAUAAUGCUAACUUAACCGUUGAUGUAAUUCUUUCAAAGCAUCUAUUUUCAUUCUUGAUUUUUUUUUCAACCAAAGGGAUAGUAAUUUAACUUUCCCCAUUCUGGCAACCACCAGAAAUCCAAGCCAACAAGGCCAAAAGGAAUCACUAGAAACCUAGGAGUUGCAGGAAAAUUGCUAUAUUCUAUUAAGCGAAUCCUCCUUUAGGUCAUGAUGUCAUGAAAAACUGUGUCUAAUGAUGGGAACCUUAUUUUUUCACCCUUUUUUUCAACAUGCAACAUUUUAGUUUGUUUAAAGACAUUUGAUUGUAUUAGUUUUCACUUAGUUUUCCUGUUGCAGUUAUUUAUUUCUUCUGUGCAUUAUUAGCUGGGUAUAAUUUUAAAGUACUGUAUAAAGUGUGUGUACCUUUUUCCUGU